AUGCCCUCAACUGCCAACCUCAGUACCAAUCAACACCAGCAACAAGAGAGCCUAGCAGAAGAAUUAAUAUCCCUUGGACAUGAGAUCAUAGCCAAACUUGGAGAAUCAAACCUGACCCAAGAUCACAUUCAUGGUGUAAUGGAACACCUCAACUAUCUGGUUGGUGGAUGUUAUGGCAAAGCUGGAUUCAGCUACAAUAGCUACAUUAGAGCUCUAGUUCAGAUUCUCCAUCAAGUGUUUCAUCGCAAAAUCAUCGAGCUUACGGUUGCCAUCACAAACAAAUUGGAUUUCCAGAAGGUUGUAUAG